AUGCCAUGUGCCCGGAGGAGCUGGCUUGCAAACCUCUCGGUGGUGGCUCAGCUCCUGAACUUUGGGGGCCUGUGCUAUGGGGGAUCCCCGCAGCCCGGCCAGGUGCGCUUCCCCGACAGGAGGCAAGAGCAUUUCAUCAAGGCCCUGCCAGAGUACCACGUGGUGGCACCCGUCCGAGUGGAUGCCCGCGGGCAUUUUCUGUCCUAUGACUUGCACCAGCCCUUCACCAGCAGGAGGAGGAAGAGGGACUUGGAUGGCCCAGAGGACCGGGUGUACUACAGACUCUCCCAUCAGGACAAGGACCUGUUUUUUAACUUGACGGUCAAUCAGGGAUUUCUUUCCGAAAGCUACAUCGUGGAGAGAAGGUAUGGGAACCUCUCCCAUGUUACGAUGGUGGCCUCCUCCGCCCCUCCCUGCCAUCUCAGGGGCACCGUGCUGCAGCAGGGUGCCAGCAUCGGGAGGGCAGCCCUCAGCUCCUGCCACGGACUGACUGGAGUUUUCCAUCUACCGCACGGAGACUUUUUUAUUGAGCCUGUCAGAAAGCACCCCCAGGCCGAGGGGGAGCACCACCCGCACAUCGUUUACAGGAGACAGAGGAAGGAGCCUGCCUGCGGACUGAAGGACAGUGUUGGCGCCUCCCGGAAGCCAGGGCUGCAGCCAGAGAGGGGGCAGAAGCGUGCCUCGCCGAGCAGAAGCCUCUCCCGCCGGUCCAUCAGCAGGGAGAGGUGGGUGGAGACGCUGGUGGUGGCCGACACGAAGAUGGUUGAGUAUCAUGGGAGCGAGAACGUGGAGUCCUACAUUCUCACCAUCAUGAACAUGGUCACUGGGCUGUUCCAUAACCCGAGCAUCGGCAACGCGGUUCACAUUGUUGUGGUUCGACUCAUCCUCCUUGAAGAGGAAGAGCAAGGACUGAAAAUAGUUCACCAUGCAGAGAAGACACUGUCCAGCUUCUGUAAGUGGCAGAAGAGCAUUAAUCCCAAGAGUGACCUCAACCCUGCCCAUCAUGACGUGGCUGUUCUUCUCACCAGGAAGGACAUCUGUGCGGGUGCCAACCGCCCCUGUGAGACCCUGGGGCUGUCUCACCUGUCGGGGAUGUGCCAGCCGCACCGGAGCUGUAACAUCAAUGAAGACUCGGGCCUCCCUCUGGCUUUUACCAUCGCCCACGAGCUCGGACACAGCUUUGGCAUCCAGCACGAUGGGAAAGAAAAUGACUGUGAGCCGGUGGGCAGGCACCCGUACAUCAUGUCGCGGCAGCUCCAGUACAAUCCCACCCCGCUGACGUGGUCCAAGUGCAGCAAGGAAUACAUCACCCGCUUUCUGGACCGGGGCUUGGGGUUCUGUCUUGAUGACCUGCCCCAGAAGAAAGGCUUGAAGUCCAAGGUCAUUGCCCCUGGAGUGAUCUAUGAUGUUCACCACCAAUGCCAGCUGCAGUAUGGCCCCAAUGCCACUGUCUGCCAGGAAGUAGAAAAUGUUUGCCAGACGCUGUGGUGCUUGGUGAAAGGCUUCUGUCGUUCUAAGCUGGACGCGGCUGCGGAUGGGACGCGAUGUGGCGAGAAGAAGUGGUGCAUGUCUGGCAAGUGUAUCACAGUGGGGAAGAAACCAGAGAGCACCCCUGGCGGCUGGGGUCGCUGGUCGCCCUGGUCCCACUGCUCCCGGACCUGUGGGGUUGGAGCCCAGAGCGCCGAGCGGCUCUGCAACAACCCCGAACCAAAGUUUGGAGGAAAGUAUUGCACCGGAGAAAGAAAACGUUACCGCCUAUGCAACGUCCACCCCUGUCGUCCAGAUGCACCGACGUUUCGGCAGAUGCAGUGCAGCGAGUUUGACACAGUGCCCUACAAGAAUGACUUCUACAGCUGGUUUCCAGUUUUCAAUCCAGCACAUCCUUGCGAGCUGUACUGCCGACCCAUCGAUGGCCAGUUUUCCGAGAAAAUGCUGGAUGCUGUCAUUGAUGGUACCCCUUGCUUUGAAGGCGGCAGCAGCAGAAAUGUCUGUAUUAAUGGCAUAUGUAAGAGGGUUGGCUGUGACUACGAGAUCGACUCCAACGCCACCGAGGACCGCUGCGGGGUGUGCCUGGGGAACGGCUCUGCCUGCCAGACCGUGAGGAAGAUGUUCAAGCAGAAGGAAGGAUCUGGUUAUGUUGACAUCGGACUGAUUCCGAAAGGAGCAAGGGACAUACGGGUGAUGGAGGUGGAGGGAGCUGGAAACUUUCUGGCCAUCAGGAGUGAAGACCCUAAAAAAUAUUACCUCAAUGGAGGAUUUAUUAUCCAGUGGAAAGGGAACUACAAGCUGGCAGGGACCGUCUUUCAAUACGACAGGAAAGGAGACCAGGAGAAACUGAUGGCCACAGGUCCCACCAACGAGUCCGUGUGGAUCCAGCUCAUAUUCCAGGUGACUAACCCUGGCAUCAAGUACGAGUACACGAUCCGCAAAGACGGCCUUGGCAGUGACGGGGAGAAGCUGUUGUACUUCUGGCAGUACGGCCGCUGGACCGAGUGCAGUGCCACGUGUGGCACAGGAAUCCGCCGCCAGACUGCCCGCUGCAUGAAGAAGGGCCACGGGAUGGUGAAGGCAACGUUCUGUGACCCAGAAACACAGCCCAAUGGGAGACAGAAGAAGUGCCAUGAAAAGGACUGUCCGCCCAGGUGGUGGGCAGGGGAGUGGGAGGCGUGUUCGGCCACGUGCGGGCCCCACGGCGAGAAGACGCGCACAGUGCUGUGCAUCCAGACCAUGGGCUCGGACGAGCAGGCUCUGCCGGCCAAGGACUGCCAGCACUUGCUGAGGCCCAAGACGCUCCUUUCCUGCAACAGGGACAUCUUGUGUCCCUCGGACUGGACAGUGGGCAACUGGAGUGAGUGCUCUGUUUCCUGUGGUGGUGGAGUGCGGACUCGCAGUGUCACGUGUGCCAAGAACCACGACGAGCCUUGCGACGUGACAAGGAAACCCAACAGCCGAGCUCUGUGCGGCCUCCAGCAAUGCCCGUCUAGCCGGAGAUUUCUCAAACCCAACAGAGGCACCGUUUUCCAUGGGAGAAAGCUGCCUGCACCUGAGCAGGGCCCCCUAGAGCCCAGCCCGCCGACAGCAUCCAGCCCCAGCGCGCUGACCUCACCAGCGGUGCCUGAGCCCGUGAGCGCAGGUUCUCGGACAGUCAGCAGCCCGGGGCCUACCACAGCCUCCACAGGAGACCUGGGUGGGGCCCGGUGGCAGACUCCUUCCACCCAGACUGAGCUGGACACCCGCCACGCCACGGCCACUGCAGCUACUUCCCAGCCCAUCCUCACUGCCUGGGCGCUGAGCACCCAGCCAAAGGCAGAGCAUGUUUCCAGUGCAGACCCUGGUCCUACGUCAGAGGGAGAGCCUUCAGCCACCACAACCAGUGGUUCCGAGGUGUCAUCUUCCAGCAACGCCGUGACCUGGCCGGUGACUCCAUUUUCCAGUACCUUAAGCCAAGAGCCAGACACGGAGGCUCACAGUGGCUCAGGGGAAGACAGUGAACCACCCGAGAACAAAAGUGAAAACAACUCUGUGCUAUGGACAAAGACCGCGGCACCUGGAAAUGACACUUCGGUGGGAAGAAGUCCUGAAAUGCCACUUGGACCUCCGCCAACACCUUCUAUCUGGGGGACAUCCUUGUGGCCACCGGUCAGCACAGUGACUGGUCUGCUACCCGCUUCUCUCAGAAACGGUACACCCAGAGCCGAGGGGGUGUCCAGUGACAGGCCAGCUAACACUUCGCUCCCUCUGGGGGGAGACCACCAGCCAGCACCCUCAGAAAAGCCGGUAAACCACACACCCCCGGAACUUCCAGGCCACGUGGAUCUGACGCAGAGUCCUGGACCAGUCCUGACCGAGGACGAUGCCACCAGUCUGAUUGCUGAGGGGUUUUUGCUCAACGCCUCCAACUACAAGCAGCUCUCAAUGGACCGCGGCCCGGCCUCCUGGAUCGUGGGAAACUGGAGUGAGUGUUCCACCACAUGCGGGCUGGGGGCCUACUGGCGACGCGUGGAGUGCAGCACCCAGGUGGAGUCCGACUGCGCGCCCAUUCAGAAGCCUGACCCCGCUAAGAGAUGCCACCUCCGUCCAUGCGCGGGCUGGAAAGUGGGAAACUGGAGCAAGUGCUCCCGGGACUGCAGCGGGGGCGUCCAGACCCGGCAGGUCCAGUGCGUGGACAGACGGGACCACCGGGGCCUGAGGCCGUUCCACUGCCAGGGCCUGGCCGGCCGGCCGCCCCCGCCGAGCGCCAGCUGCAACGUGGAGGCCUGCGAGGAGUGGCAGGUGGAGCCCUGGAGCCAGUGUUCCAGGCCCUGUGGAGGCGGCGUGCAGGAGAGAGGAGUGACUUGCCCGAGAGGCCUCUGUGAUUGGGAGAAGAGGCCCAUGUCCACUGCGCCCUGCAAUGGGCACCCCUGUUGUCACUGGGCCACUGGGAACUGGGACCUGUGCACCGCUUCCUGUGGGGGUGGCUUUCAGAAGAGGACUGUCCACUGCGUUUCCUCAGAGAACAAUGGCACUGAGGAGCCAGCCCAGUGCCAGUGUGAUCAUGAACCCAGACCUCCCGAGUUCCAGAAAUGCAACCAGCAGGCCUGCAGGAAGGGUGCUGAUGUGCUUUGCACCAAAGACAACUUAUCAGUCAGUUUCUGCCAGACACUGAAAACCAUGAAGAAAUGUUCGGUGCCCACUGUGCGGGCUCAGUGCUGCCUCUCCUGCUCCCAGAGCCACGUGGUCCAAACCCGAAGGCCAAGGAGGCCACAGGCGCUCAAGAACCCCGAAGCAUUCUAA